AUGGCACCCUCCAAAAUCCGCAUCGCGACCGCCUCCCCCUCCACCCAACCCACCACCCCCAAAACCCUCGCCCAAAUCGCCCAACUCGCCCGCCGCGCCGCCUCCAACAACAUCGACAUCCUCCUCCUCCCCGAGGCCUACCUCGGCGGCUACCCGCGUGGCACCAACUUUGGAUGCGUGAUGGGCUCUCGCUCGGCCGAGGGAAGGGACGAGUAUCUCCGGUAUUUUCAGGCCGCGGUUGAUUUGGGGGAUAUCGUUGGAGAAGGGGGAGCGGGCGGGUUGGAGAAGUGGGUUCGGAGGGAGUUAGUUGGUGAUGAGAUUCCGGGGGCUCAGGGACAGGAAGGAGACAAGGGGGAGAAGGUGAAGAACAAGAGAGGAGAUGGGACCAGGGAAGAGUUGGAGCGGAUCGCACGAGAGACUGGGGUUUUCUUGGUGACGGGGUGUAUUGAGAAGGCGGGCGGGAGCUUGUAUUGCAGUGUGGUUUAUGUGUGCCCGAAGAUGGGCAUGAUUGGGAAGAGGAGAAAGGUGAUGCCUACCGCCAUUGAGCGCCUAGUCUGGGCCCAAGGCUCUCCCGCCACCCUCCGAGCCGUCAGCACCGUCAUCCGCGGCGUCCGCAUCAACCUCGCCGCCGCCAUUUGCUGGGAGAAUUACAUGCCCAUGCUCCGCCAAUCGCUCUACUCGCAGAACAUCAACCUAUAUCUCGCCCCGACCGCCGACGGCCGUGAUACAUGGCUACCCCUAAUGAGGACCGCCGCCAUCGAAGGCCGUUGCUUCGUCGUUAGCUCCAACAUGUGUGCGCGCAAAGAUGGGGGAAAGCAACAAGCCAAAACCAACGGUCGCCCUGUCCUCUCCCACCAACCGCAACAACAGCCUGACUUCAGCGCCAUCGCAGACCCCUCUCCAUUCACCAGUGAUGGCAGACGCAGCUCCCUCGUCACAGAGGAAGGCUUCGAAAUUGCCCUUCCAUCUCCCCGCAGCGGCAGCCGCGGUCGUCAAAAGAAGAUUCGCAGACAGUCCGUCUUCGACGAAGAUGGUAACGAGAUCGUCUUGCCCUGCUGUAACGAGCAAGGUGAUGUCGAAGUUGAGGCGGAAGCCGAAGUUGACGAUGAGACCGUGUCCACCAUGACUCCCAAGACCUCAUUGUCUUCUACUGCUGCUUCAGCUGCUCCGGCUCAGACAGCCAAGCCUGGCAGUAGACAGACUUUCAAAAUCCCUGUCAUUGAUAGGUCGACCGGUGCCAAGACGGAGGAAGACUUUGUGUCUCGCGGUGGCUCGGCGAUUGUCUCGCCAUUUGGAGAUGUGCUUGCUGGCCCCCAAUGGGAGGAUGACGAGGGCAUUAUUUGGGCGGAUGUGGACUUUGAGGAUUGCAUCCGCGGGCGAUUGGACUUGGAUACUGCGGGGAGUUAUUCGAGAAACGACUCGUUCAAACUUACGGUUGGAGGACUUGACUUGUCGCCUUUGCCGUACCACUGA